AUGCCCGUCAGAAAGAAGGACGCUCAGAGGGCCCUGGUGUUGCUGCAGGAGUACAGGUCGAAGCUUCAGCGCACAGAGGAGCGAGCUCUGCGUCUCUCCGUCCAGAGAGUCAUCGACGUGUUCCAGAGUAACCUGUUCCAGGCUCUCAUUGAUAUCCAGGAGUUUUAUGAAGUGACUCUCUUGGACAGCCAGCGAUGGGCCGAGAGCGGGAAGGAUCCGGAGCCGGUGGCCCCUGUGCACUUGUGGGACAGCAGCGUCACCUCGGACACUCUGGCUCUGAGCACCAGCCUCCAGGCCAGAGAGGAGCGAGAGGCCGGAGAGGGGCGAGAGGCCGGAGAGGGGCGCGAGGCCGGAGAGGGGCGAGAGGCCGGAGAGGGGCGAGAGGCCGGAGAGGGGCGAGAGGCCGGAGAGGGGCGAGAGGCCGGAGAGGGGCGCGAGGCCGGAGAGGGGCGCGAGGCCGGAGAGGGGCGCGAGGCCGGAGAGGGGCGCGAGGCCGGAGAGGGGCGCGAGGCCGGAGAGGGGCGAGAGGCCGGAGAGGGGCGAGAGGCCGGAGAGGGGCGAGAGGCCGGAGAGGGGCGCGAGGCCGGAGAGGGGCCGGCGAGGGGCCGGCGAGAGGCCGGCGAGGGGCCGGCGAGGGGCCGGCGAGAGGCCGGCGAGGGGCCGGCGAGAGGGCGAGAGGGAUUGUACUAUUUGUUGCUUUUAAUAUUAAUAAUUUUUAAACAAAAGGAUCUGCUCUCGUCUGCUGAUCUGACCACGGAGAGAAUCUGUGGUGUGCUCAGGAUCUGA